AUGACCAGAGCAACAGAGCAGUCCAAGGGCCGAGCUCAGACGUCGGGUCCGCCGGGCCAGGCCAGGCCCUUGCUGACACUGGCACCCCUGCCUGAACACCGCAAACCUCUGCUGGCCUCUGUCAGUCACCUCCAGGGCAGUCUCAGCUGUUACACUCUGGGAGAAGAUGAGGCUUCAGUUGACCUGCUGGGGGCUCUUCUGCCCGUGAACCCAGUGAAGGCAGAGGCUGUCAGUCACCUCCAGGGCAGUCUCAGCUGUUACACUCUGGGAGAAGAUGAGGCUUCAGUUGACCUGCUGGGGGCUCUUCUGCCCGUGAACCAAGUGAAGGCAGAGCCAAGCGCCAUGUGGUGGGCUCUGCUGCUGCUGCUGCCGUCGACGGCGCCGCGCCCGAGCCGAGCGAGGCCUCUCCAGAAGGCCCCAGUUUUCCAGCUCACUCACCAGGGCCCCUGGGGGAGCGGGGCCGGCAACGCCACGGUCUCGCCCUGCGAAGGGCUCCCCGCCGCGGGAGUCACGACCCUGACCCUCGCGAACCGCGGCCUGGAGCGUCUGCCGGGCUGCCUGCCGCGCGCGCUGCGCAGCCUCGACGGCAGCCACAACCUGCUGCGCGCCCUGAGCGCGCCCGAGCUCGGUCACCUGCCGCGGCUGCAGGUGCUGACGCUGCGCCACAACCGCAUCGCCGCGCUGCGCUGGGGCCCCGGCGCGCCCGCGGGACUGCACACGCUCGACCUCAGCUACAACCUGCUGGAAGCCCUGCCGCCGUGCUCCGGGCCCGUGCUGCCCGGCCUCCGAACGCUGGCGCUGGCCGGGAACCCGCUGCGGGCGCUGCAGACCGGAGCCUUCUCCUGCUUCCCCGCGCUGCGCCUGCUCAACCUGUCCUGCACCGCGCUGGGCCGCGGCGACCACGCUGGCAUCGCCGACGCUGCCUUCGCGGGGGCUGGUGGCGCGCCCCUGGCUGCGCUCGAGGUCCUGGAUCUCAGCGGCACGUUCCUCCGGCGCGUUCAGUCAGGAUGGAUCAGAGACCUGCCGAAGCUCACGUCCCUCUACCUAAGAAAGAUGCCCAGGCUGAACAGCCUGGAGGGGGACAUUUUCAAGGUGACCCCUGACCUGCAGCAGCUGGAUUGUCAAGAUUCGCCAGCACUUACCUCUGUCCAUACACACAUCUUUCAAGACACGCCUCUCCUACAGGUCCUUCAUUUCCAGAACUGCAACUUGAGUUCCUUCCCUCCUUGGAACCUGCAUUCCUCCCAGGUCCUGUCCAUCAACCUCUUUGGCAACCCCCUCACUUGCAGCUGUGAGUUGUCCUGGCUCCUCAUGGAUGCAAAGAGGAUUGUCCUAAGCAGGGCAGCAGACACAGUAUGCACACCAGCUGCAGGAUCCAGUGGCACCUUCUCAGCCCCUCUUUUGCUGUCCCAGCUGCCAAGUGUGUGCCAUUCGGACCAAAACACCACCUUCCUUGAUUCCAACCCACCCUCCUCAGUCUUCUCCACCCACACACCAUCUGCACACGGUCCCUCCACCCUGCGGAGCACAGCCCCCUCUACCCAAUCUGCGGGAGGCCGACAGAGUGUCACCAAGGUGCCCUCCCUCCCUGUGGAUUCCCCCACACGAGCGGCGGAGCCGUGGCACAGCCUUGCCGAGGACGGGGCCAUUCCCUCCACUACUGUCUCUCCAGCAGGUUCCAGCAACUCUGGCAACCCACCUUGGGCUGCGAGCACAGCCGGGACAGAGCACCAAGAAGAACAUGCUGCCCGGCUUGUUCUGGAACCUACUAUCUCAGCUGCCUCCACCCCAUGGGCCAGCAAACACCCUGGUCUCUCCCCUACCUCCCAGAACCCAGGGAGCAUGCCUCAGCCCGCCCAGGGAACACGGGCCACCCCGCGGGCUCCCCACCCGCCUCCUUCCGAGGGCGGGAUUCCGGUCCUGCUGCUGGACGACUCCGGUGAGGAGGAGGAAGAGAGCGGGAAGGAGGAGGUGGGGGCCCGGGAUGAGCCCUGCGAUUACCACCCCUGCAGGCACCUCCAGACGCCGUGCGCAGAGCUGCAGCGGCGCUGGCGGUGCCGGUGCCCCGGCCUCAGCGGGGAAGACACCCUCCCAGACCCACCCAAGCUGCAGGCGGUGGCCGAGACCACUGACACUUCGGCGCUAGUGCGCUGGUGCGCCCCCAACUCGGUGGUGCGCGCCUACCAGAUUCGCUACGCGCCCGAGGGCCGGCCGGGGAACCAGUCGGUGGUGGGGGACGUCUGCGCCACCGCGCGCCAGCACGCCCUGCACGGGCUGUCGCCGGCCACCGCCUAUCGCGUGUGCGUCCUGGCGGCCAACGGCGCGGGCCUGAGCCGGUGCGGGGCGUGCGCCGCCUUCAGCACCGGGCGCAGCCCAGCGCUCGUCGCGGCCGGGCUGGGUGCAGCGGGCGGCCUGCUGCUCGUCAGCACCGCGCUGCUGGCCGCCGGCCUCUGCCGCCGGGGCCGGACGCCACGCUCCCCGAACCGCCGCACGCAGUUGCUGGCCUACCGCAACCCCGCCUUCUCAAAUUUCCCUCUUCAUAUAAGGACACUAGGCAGUGGCUUAAGGCUCACCCAAAUCCAGUAUGACCAUCCUAACUUGAUUACGUCUGCAAAGACCAUAGGGUCCUUAUUUUGGACCCCAUGGUCCUAA